ACGCAUCUCUGUAUUACAGGCAGCUCCUUUGCUCAGUUCUUACUUUCUUACUAUUCGUUCCGCUCAUAGCUUGUGUAUUUUGUGUGUGACUCAACUCAAGCUUGCUGACAAGAGAUCCAACCUGCCUGGCAUCUACGGGAGGCAUAUCUUGCCUAUCAUUCACGUGGCAAGUUAAUCCCAAUGUCAUCCUCCAUGAGUUCUGAGCAUUCAUCCUCACCAUCAUUCCCCAGUGAUAUGGAUGCACAAGAAGGAAGAGAGGAAGAUGGAAUGGAGGAUUACACCAGCAGUCCCUUGCGUCUUACAAAUCAUCCUGAGAGAGAGGAUUUAUCGGAACAAGAUUCCAUUGGACCUGCACUGAUUCCUCCAACUGAGAUUCAAACAGAUUCUAAUAGCAACAGCUCUAUGCAGAAUAGUAAUCAGCAGGAUUCAUCAGGACAUGUAUCUUUUCAAGCUGCACCAAUUUCUCAAUUUGUAACUGGUCAUUCAAACUUGCCAUCUGUGCAAAAUGUUUCUGGAGAAAGUGAUUCUAGGAUGCGCCCAACCAGCCAGCGUCCUUUUAGGGGAACUCAGUCCUCCAGAGAUGUGAAUGAUAGUGACUCGUCAUCCUCUAGCAGCUCUUCAUCCUCCUCAAGCAGUUCCUCCUCUGAUACUGAUGAUGAUAGAGAUAAAUCAUCCAGUAGGUUUUCAAAACAUCACAAUUCUGCAUAUCUUGGUGUUAUGAGAAAAUCGAAUUUAAAACAUAGCUCCAAAGCCCGAGAACCCAAAUCAAACAAGCCUGAUUCUGCUCUGGCAAUAGCCAGUAAUUCUGAAACUGGACUUGCAAGAGCAAAUAAUUCUAGAGCUGGGCUUGCUGGUGCCAGUAAUUUUGGAGCUGGGCUUACCAGUGUCAGUAAUUUUGGAGCUGGGCUUGCUGGUGCCAGUAAUUUUGGAGCUGGGCUUACCAGUGUCAGUAAUUUUGGAGCUGGGCUUACCAGUGUCAGUAAUUUUGGAGCUGGGCUUGCAGGUGCCAGUAAUUUUGGAGCUGGGCUUGCAGGUGUCAGUAAUUUUGGAGCUGGGCUUGCUGGUGCCAGUAAUUCUGGAGCUGGGCUCACAGGUAUCAGUAAGAUAUCAAAGCAAAGCAAAAGUGUUGAAAAUAAAAACCUAAUUUCUGCUACCGAUAAAAAGGGAUCAAAACUCACAAAUAGUAAUGCUGGAUCUAGAACAUCAAAUGCUGAAGAUGCAGCUUCUGGUGCUUCCAUUGCUGAGAAAAAAGGUUUUGGAUUAAAUUCUUACUGGAAUCCAAGCACUCGAGGAUCUACCACUUCUAACCCUGCUGAUCAAGAGGGCAUUCACUGUCCUGCAAGUAACCGCUCUGAGGUCCCAGUUGGUUCUGAGUCUGAAGGUGCUGCUAGGUCAGCAUUAACAGGUCCUUCUUACUCUCAAGUGUUUGCUAACAAUGCCCUUCAGGAGAUAGGUUCCAGUGCACGAGCUGGUACAGGAAACUGGCGACGAGAAGGAGGAUUAAUUGGUCACUCAAUGUUCAGAGAUUAUGAUCAUGAUUAUGAUGAUUACCCGCGCAGCCGAUUGUGUUCGGUGCUUGACUCGCCUUAUCCGAACCACAGACCUCACAACCCAGAUGGUCACGACAGCGAGUUGAGCUGGAACCAUUACUCGAGUGACUCAGCUGACCACGUCCUUGAUUAUCAGCAGGAUAUCUCCAGUUCCAACAGCAGCUCUUCAGAGGAUGAACAACGUAAUUUUGCAAAUAAUCCUUUGUUUGCUAAUCUUGGGGUUGCUAAUAAUCAUGUGUUUGAUAAUCAUGAUGACGAUGAGGAAAAUGUUAGGUCACGAAUUGAAGCUCAGGUGACCAGCAGAGAAAAUAAUGCGAGUCAAAGUGGACAGAAUAAUUCUGAAUUGAGAAAUGCAAGUUCUUUUAAUGCUUCUUCCACGUCCAAUGCAAGUAGUGAAGAUUCUAGUUUUCUUGCAAAUUUGAAUCGACGUCAGGAAGAAAUCAUUCGAGAGUUGUUUAAUCCCGAUCAUAGUUCUGCUGUUCCCUCGCCUAGGCGAAGUCCUGACAGACCUCCCAGUCCAAGACAAAGUACCAAUUCUGCCUGGGGUCUCACAACUCAAAGUCCAAGUCCAAAUAAAAGUCCUAAAAAAUCUAAUGAGAAUUCACCGAAAUCAAGCCCUAAAGGCCCAAAAUCUCCAGAAAAAGCCCCUAAAUCUCCUGUUUCUGAAGACACCUGCUCCAUAUGCCUGUGUGUCAUCACUGACGCCUGUGUUGCCGGAUCCUGUCUACACAGGUUCUGUUUUCCAUGCCUCAAGGAGUGGUCCAAACGUAAACCAGAUUGUCCUCUGUGCAAAAUUCGAUUCACAAUGAUCAUCCAUGACAUCAAAGGGGACCAGGAUUACAAGGAGUACAUCAUUCCACCCGCUAGUUCUGCUAGCAGUAUUUUCAACUUAAUGUUUGAUGUGAACCACAUUGCAUUAUUUGUGAACCCUUAUAAUGCUUAUAAUCAUGGAUUCACGCUCCCGAACGGUGAUGACAACGCCCCGAGAAGAUCUGUUAACAAUGCACCAAGAAGAUCCAAUAGGCCAUUUGAACUGAGUGGAGUUGCGUUCCGGUCGCACAUCUACAGUCAUGAUCUUUGGGUGCGAUUUGUGACCGCUAAUGGACAAGCUCGUAUGUGCAGUCCCGCCAUUUUCCGUGAACAGCCUGCGCUCACUCACCGGCUUGUCCCAUGGCUGCUUCGAGAGCUGAGGGCUCUUAGGUGCCCUAGUUCUGUAUUGACUAUAAUUCUUGAACUUAUUACCAUUCACGACAUUGACUCAAGGCAAAUGAACCGAGCUCUGACUCCAUACCUUGGACAUCGAACGCUGCAUUUCCUCCACGAGUUCAACUGCUUCGCUCGUUCGUCUUAUGAUUUCGUAGGUUACGAUGAUGCCGUAAGGAACCGUUAUUCAGAUUACGCUCUGCGUGAAAUUCCUCCUGUUAGUCUGGAUUUGGUGGGUGAACAGGGUGAGGAUGGGUCAAAUGGCGGUGCUGCGUCUGUAGAAAUCGACCUCACAGGAGACACUUCAUCCAUUGCUAGUCAAGAAACUACAGCCCCUGCCGCGACUACUAGCGAUGACAACGCUAGUGGCUCUAGUUUUUCCAACGAACUUAGAAGAAUUAACAGUUAUUUACGAGGUCCUUCGACUGGUCCUUUAAGCUCUGUACUACCUGCUAGACUGAUAACACCUGUCACUAGCACCAAUAAUACCAGUUCUCGUUUCGAUCAAGAUUUAACUUACAAUUAUCUCUUUGGUCGCAGAAGACAGUUCCCUCGUAUUAGUUAUCACUACGAAGCUUCAGGAGAACGAGUUGCUGUACAACAUGACCACCCCCUUCAUUCGAGGCGCAGAUUUCAAAAUAAUUUUAAAACUUCGAGAGGUUUGCGUGAAUCUCGUGUACCUCUCUGCUCUCCUAUCAGAAAUAGGAAUCGAGUUACCCCUGGUAGCUCAAUACUUUCUGGGAAUGCAAUGGCACCAUCUACUGCUGACAAUGUUACUGAACAGGCAACAAACAAUGCAGAGAAUGACAACACUUUGGUACUGUCAUCUGGAGAUGAAAACAAUGAUAAUAACUACGGUGAUGGUGAAAACCAGGUUUCCAGGAGCGACCAAAAUAAGACCUCACUAGGCGACCACACCUACAGUUCCAUUCCUUGUACCUGCUCACAAAAUAUGUCUGCUCGUUCGAAAAGUAGUACCAGUACUGCUUCAGUUAAGAAGGAAAAUAAGGUUUGUGGUUGUUCCAAACCACAGUCGCGUGUCAUCUCUACAGAUUCGGACGAGUGUCGUAUUGUAGAUGAGAAACCUGUUACUCCCAAGAAGAUAACUUGGAAGUCUGUAAAAUCCAGUGCCAUCGAAAGUAUCGUGCUUUCUGACUCCUCUGAAGAAAAUGCCGAGACUCGUCCUGCCAAAAAUACUGGGACAAGGCCAAAAACUUCUGUUUCAAUUUCAGCAGUCAAGGCUGGGAAAAGUUCAUCUAUGAAAUCUAAACCAAUUAAACUUGAUCGAAAAAGUUUCUCCAUUUCUUCCUCUGCUAAUCUUGGGGUUGCAAAUAAUCAUGUGGAAAUAAUCAUGUGUCAUAAUGAAAAGCAAAUUGGCAAUGAUGAUCAGCAAUCUGACGCCAGCGAAAUAAAAUCUAAUGGUAAACGGAAAAUAACCGCGCCUGUUUUUGCGCAAGAUGACGGAGAUUCUUCAGAAGAUUCUGCUUCUGGCAUUCGUCGGGAGCCUAAGGAUCACCCAUCUAGAAUCAAAAGUUCUGCUAGACCCAUGACUAAAAAUGUUGCUUCCAUGGAUGCACCUGACACCAGCAGCAGCAACAGAAGGGAGCAUGGCUAUCGAGUUACGGUCAACCCUGUCAAAGUUGAGACACCUCAUGCUGGUGUUUCUUCUACUAUGCAGAAAAAGAUAGCCAAGAACAAGACCCAGUAUAUACGUGAUGAGACCAAAAGAACUUUUUCUUCACUGGCUCACAGCAAGAAACCUGAAGGGCCUUCUUACAAAAAUUUCCUUGAUUCCAGCGAUUCCGAGGAGGAAGUUGUUUCUAAAGCUGGAGCAGCAUAUAAAAGAACCCGGGACUUCAUAAAAACUAAAAAUAAGAAUUCGGAUUCUGACGGAAAUUCUUCCUGUGAAGAAUAUAAGAGCAAUCGCAGCAGACGAGAUUCAUCUCCUGAGCCUGAAAGUCGGCCAACUUCAACUUCAUUUUUGAACAUUGCUCGUGCAGCGAGACCUGCUAUCUCAGAGUCAGACUCUGAACCUGUAAGUUUGUUCAGUAAAAACUUAUAUCCCAAAUUGAGACUGCGCUCACCUACUCCAAGAUUUGCCAAACGUGACUCCCAAAUGACAGAGUCAAGUAAGACUUCUAGCCGCCAAGUGACUCUUCUAGACUCUUCUUCUUCAGAAUCCGAAGACACUGCAAGAUUCGCUAAGCGACUCCGUAUAAUCGCUACGCCUCGACCUGAAUCUCAAAACCUCAAAUCCGCUACCAACGUCGUAGAGAACCAACGAGUUGUGAAACUGAUUGAAAAACCUAGUGAAUCUGAAUCGAAACGUGCGAAACGAACGAGUCGAUCUUCAGAACGCAAAAAACACAAGUCGAAACUACGCAAAGAAAAAAAGAGCAGAAGCAAGGAUCGGUCUUCCAAAUCCAAGAAAAUAAAAUCUAGAUCUAAGAAGAUCAAGGAGAUCAGGUCUAAAGAUUCGAGCGAUUGAUCGCGAAGUAGAACCUCGAGUGUUAGCUUCAGAAAUGUAUUGUCUUGCGUACUGUGAUGAAGUCUAAGUUAGAAGUGAUAACUUCAGAAAUGUAUUGAUCUUGCGUACUGUGAUGAAGUCUAUGUUAGAAAUGAUUAAUCUAUAGACUUCAGUGGUGAAAUUUUAAAGAAAUUCCUGAAAAUAAACGUGUGGGGUUCAACUUCAAUAUAUUUUAGGCGAACUUGCUACUCUCGAAGUUUGUGUGGUUUAACAGUGUAUAAUCUUGACUCAUGCUAGCACAUAACUGCUAUUUCAAUGGUACGCCUUGAUGAUCUUAUCUUUUCCAAUUUCUUUUCUUUUUUUUUCUUUUUUUCUUGAUUUAAAAAAAUAUUCAUGAAAUUAGGAAAGUCCUGCUGUGUUUUUACGCGUUUCUACCCUAAAUUCUUAAAGAUAAAAAUUUUUUCAUGCCGCUUUUGAAAUAAAUGUCGCCUUUCUUUUUUGUCUCUCAUAAUAAUGGAAAAUUGCGAGUUCAUUAUUUUGGAAGUUAAAUUUUUUUGGCUGUCUUUUCUUUUCAGUUUUCUUUUUUUCUUGACGUCAUGUACUAAAUAUCAUGUGUAAAAAUACUUCAAUCCCUGGAAAACAUUCUUUUUUUCAUCCAGGAAUUUUUUAUACGAAACAUUGCUUUUGUUUCGCCACCUAAGAAAACAUCACGGUUAUAAAAUUACAUGCAACGUCAUUGUGAUACAAAAAAUGUUCUAGAUAAACUAUAAGAUUCAGGCGAUGUUAGCUUGAUUUGCAGGAUUUGCUGUCUGGUUAUUCUUGGAUUUUUUAGGUGUUUAGUUCUUAAGUUUGGUUAACUCGAAUAAGUUAGGUAUGUUAUUACCCCUUAGGUUAAGUUGUAGAGUGAUCUUUUUGAUUAUGCAGCGUAGCGCGAUUAAAAACUUGGAAUUGUUACUUUUUCUAGUGGGAACAUGACUAUUUUCUAGCGGAAAGAUUAUGAAUAUUUCCUAAUGGAAGCAUUAUGAAUAUUUUCUGAUGAA